AUGAAAAAUAAUGACUACUAUAAUACAUCAUCGAAUUAUAUAAGUUACAAUAAUCAAAAUGAUAAUAAUUUUGAAAUAAUACUGAAUUCUGAUACGGCAAAUACAUUUACCGAAAAACAUCAUAAUUAUAAUAACACUAACAAAUUUGAAUCCCACCACUACGCUACCAAUUCCAACUCAUAUAAAAUUAUAGAAGAAGAAAAACAAUCAUUCAAAAAAGACAGUUUUUACAACCACUACAAAAAUGAAUCAAUAUCAUCAUUAGAAUCACAACCUCAACUACAAAAUCAAAAAAGAUUAUUUUCAUGGUUAUUUUCUAAAAAUGUUCCCAUAUUACCUACUGAAGAUGAAAGAAAAGAAUAUCCAUGGCACAAGACCAAUUACUUAAAUCGUAUGGGAUUUUGGUGGUUAUAUUCAGUUUUGAAAGUAGGCUACAAAAGAACUUUACAUCCUGGAGACUUAUUUAAAUUAACACCAGAAUUAAAAGUUGAAUAUUUAUAUGAUAAAUUUAUCAACAAUCUAGAGCCAAUAAUUGAAGAUAAACCAAUUUGGCCCAAAUAUGCAAUUCCAUAUGCAUUAUUUUUAACAUUAAAAAAGCAAUAUAUUUUUUCAUGUAUUUGUUUAGCAUUAGCAUUUGUUUGUAUUUCUUGUUCACCAUUAUUAACUCGUCAAAUUAUUGAUUUUGUUCAAUAUAAAUAUUUUGGAGUAUAUACUACGUACAACAGAGGUAUUGGAUUGACUGUUGGUUCGGUGGUGUUAAUAUUUAUAAAUGGAUUAUUAUUGAAUCAUUUUUUCCAUAAUGCAAUGAUUUGUGGUGCUCAAUCAAAAGCUAUUUUAACAAAAGCGCUUUUGAUGAAGUCGUUCAAGUUGAAUUCAGAAUCAAGACAUAAAUUUCCCGUAGGUAAAAUCACGAGUUUAAUGAGUACAGAUUUAUCAAGAAUAGAUUUAGCUAUUGGGUUUCAACCUUUAGUUUGUUGUUUUCCAAUCCCUGUCAUUAUAUCAGUGGUUAUAUUAAUAAAAAGUAUUGGAGUUGCAGCAUUAAGUGGUAUAGGAUUAUUUAUAGUAUCAUUAUUUGUUUGUGUGGUUUUAACAAAAGUUUUAUUCACAACUAGAGAAAAAGUUGUUGCAUAUACUGAUGAAAGAAUAUCAUUAAUGAGAGAAAUAUUAAACAAUUUAAAAAUUAUAAAAUUUUAUGCAUGGGAAAAAGCCUAUAAAGAAUCAAUAUCUAAAAUAAGAAAUAAAGAAAUGAACCACUUAUUCACAAUUAAAGUUUUGAGAAAUUUUAUAACUGCAUAUGCUGUAACAUUACCAGUUUUAACAUCAAUGAUUUCUUUCAUUACUAUGUGGGGUACAAAUAAUAUGAAAAGUCCUGGUGAAGUAUUUAGUUCAUUAUCAUUAUAUGCCAUAUUAGCACAAGCUAUAAUGCUUCUACCAAUUGCUUUAGCCACGGGUGCAGAUGCCAUGAUAGGUUUUCAAAGAUGUAAUGAAUUUUUAUCAGCUGAAGAAUUUACAGAAGAACUUAGUAAAAAAUUAAGUCAUCAAAAUUCAUUUUAUUAUGAAAAAGAUGACUUAGCUAUAAAAGUAUCUCAUGCAGGUUUUAACUGGAAUAAUUAUAAUGAACCAUCACAACAACAUGAAAAAAAAAAUUGGGAUACAAGUUCAUAUGAUAUGGAAUCAACUACAACUCAAGGUACUUCAUUUUCAGGAUUAUCUGAUGUUAAUUUAACUAUCAAAAAUCAAGAAUUUGUUGUUAUAACUGGUAUAAUUGGAUCUGGUAAAACUUCUUUGCUUAAUGCAUUAGCUGGAUUUAUGAAAUUAUCACAUGGAUCAAUUGAAAAAAAUAAAGAUAUAUUAUUAUGUUCAUCACCAUGGAUUCAAAAUGCAACAGUAAGAGAAAAUAUAGUAUUUGGUAAAAAAUUUGAUUUGAAUAAAUAUCGUCAAGUAUUAUAUGCAUGUGCUUUGGAAGAUGAUAUUGCAAUACUACCAGCUGGUGAUAGAACUGAAAUUGGAGAAAGAGGUAUUACUUUAUCUGGUGGUCAAAAAGCCAGAAUAAAUUUGGCAAGAGCUUGUUAUACUGAUGCUCAAGUGUUAUUAUUUGAUGAUGUUAUUUCUGCAGUUGAUGCAAAAGUUGCAAGACAUAUAGUUACACAUCUCUUUAAAGGUUUAUUACGUCAUAAGACAAUAGUAUUAGCUACUCAUCAAUUAAGUAUUUUGGAAUUUGCAGACAAGAUUGUAUUUGUAAAUAAUGGAUCAGUUGAUGUUGGAAAUGUCAAAAGUUUAAUGACUAAUAAUAGAGAUUUUAGAAAAUUAAUUGAAUUUGGAGGAGAUAUUGAGAGUAAAAAACGACAAUCACAAGCAGAAGAAGAAGAAGAUAUAACUGAUUUAAGUUAUAUUUCACUGAGAGAUAAACAUUUAGAAGACAAAAAUUUACAAGAUCUUGAUAUUACUGGUAGAACCACCACCGAUGAAGAAAGAGCAACUAAUGCUAUAUCUUGGUCAAUUUAUAAAAAAUAUAUCGAAUUAGGUAGUGGUAUAUUUGGGAGAUUUGCAAUUCCAAUUUUUUUGUUGUUUGUGGUAAUAGCUACUUUUUGUCAAGUUUUCACUAAUACAUGGUUAUCAUUCUGGAUGGAAAAGAAAUUUGCUGGAAAGACAGAUCAUUUUUAUAUUGGUUUUUACAUUAUGUUUGCAAUUUUAACUGUAUUUUUCACAGCUAUUGAAUUUAGUAUAUUGGCAUAUAUGCAAGAUUGUUCCGCAAAUUUCUUGAAUUUGAAAGCAGUUAAUAAGAUUUUGCAUGCACCAAUGUCAUAUAUGGAUACUACACCAUUAGGUAGAAUUUUGAACAGGUUUACUAAAGAUACAGAUUCUUUGGAUAAUGAAUUAGGUGAACAAAUGAGAUUGUUUAUCUUUCCCUUAGCUUUAAUUAUUGGUAUCAUUAUAUUAUGUACUUGUUAUUUGCCUUACUUUGCAGUUGCUAUACCAUUUUUAGUUUUUGCUUUUAUUUUCUUAGCUAAUUUUUACCAAGGAUCAAGUAGAGAAGUCAAAAGGUUAGAAGCUACUCAAAGAUCAUUAGUUUAUAAUAAUUUCAAUGAAACUUUAACUGGUAUGUUAACUAUUAAAUCAUUUAAAGUUGAAAAUGAUUUCAUUGCCAAAAAUGAUUAUUUUAUCAACAAGAUGAAUGAAGCUUAUUAUUUAUCUAUAGCUACUCAACGUUGGUUAUGUGUACAUUUAGAUAUGAUUACUUCAUGUUUUGCAUUAAUCAUUUGUUUGCUAUGUAUUACUGGACAGUUUAACAUUAGUGCUUCAUCUACUGGGUUAUUGUUAAAUUAUGUAAUUCAAUUAGUAGGGGUUUUAUCAUUAACAAUAAGAUCAAUGACAUCUAUAGAAAAUGAAAUGAAUUCAGUUGAAAGAUUACACGAGUAUGCAUUUAAUUUACCUCAAGAAUCAGCUUAUGAAAUAGAAACAAAACCAGCAAAAGAAUGGCCACCUUCCGGAUACAUUACUUUUAAAAAUGUUAAUUUUAGGUAUAGAGAUAAUUUACCAUUAGUUUUAAAAGAUUUAAAUGUUAAUUUUUAUCCUGGUGAAAAAAUAGGUAUAUGUGGUAGAACAGGAGCUGGUAAAUCUUCCAUUAUGACUGCAUUAUAUAGAUUAACUGAAUUAACAAGUGGACAAAUUGAAAUUGAUGGAUUAGAUAUUUCACAAUUGGGGCUUUACGAUUUAAGAUCAAAAUUAUCUAUUAUACCACAAGAUCCAGUAUUGUUUCAAGGCACUAUUAGGAAAAACUUAGAUCCAUUCAAUGAACAUUUGGAUGGUACGCUUUGGAGAGCAUUGUACAGAUCUGGGCUAAUUGAUAAAGAUCAAUUAUAUAAUUGUCAUGAAUCUCAUAAGUUUCAUUUAGAUCAAUUUGUGGAUGAUGAAGGUUCAAAUUUUUCAUUAGGUGAAAAACAAUUAAUUACAUUAGCUAGAGCUUUGAUUCGAGAUUGUAAAAUUCUUAUAUUAGAUGAAGCUAGUUCAGCAGUUGAUAAUGCAACUGAUACAAUGAUUCAAGAAACUAUUCGUACUGAAUUUAAAAAUUGUACUGUAAUAUGUAUUGCUCAUAGAUUGAAUACAUUGCUGAAUUAUGAUAGAAUCAUAGUAAUGGAUAAGGGGAAAAUUAUUGAAAAGGGAGAACCUUCUAAAUUAUUUAGUACUGUUGAUGGUGUUUUUAGAUCAAUGUGUGAUAAAGCUAAUAUUAAUGAAAAUGAUUUUGUAUAA